AUGGAAAAAUCACCCGAGCCGAUCGCCAUUUGUGGCAUGGCUCUUCGCUUACCAGGCGCGCUCAAAACACCCGAUCAGUUUUGGACACUGCUCACUGAAAAGAGAGACGCUCGUGCGCGUAUCCCUAUCGAACGCUUCGACGCCGAGGCAUUCCAUUCGGUCUCGGGAAAGUCAGGCUUCAUCAACUCGCAAUAUGGCUACUUUCUCGAUGAAAGUGCUGAAGUGGGCGCCAUCGAUAAUUCUUUGUUUCGCAUGUCGCAACAAGAGUCUCAAAGCAUGGAUCCUCAGCAGAAACUCCUUCUUGAACUUGCAAGAGAGUGCUUCGAAAGCGCAGGGGAGGUCGACUGGCGCGGAAAAGAUUUCGGGACAUAUAUUGGAUCCUUCGGAAACGAUUGGGCAGAGGUAGUCACGAAAGAUCCUUUGAUGAAAAGCAUGUAUAAGAUUACUGGCCACGGCGACUUUAUGCUUGCAAAUCGAAUAGCUUACGAGUACGACCUUAAGGGUCCAAGCAUGACUGUGCGGACAGGAUGCUCGGCAUCCCUCAUUGGAUUGCACGAAGCGUGCGUUGCUAUUCGAAACGGAGAUUGCAGCGCAGCUCUGGUUGGUGGAUGUAAUUUGCUUUGGAGUCCUGACACUAUGUCCGAUAUGUCAGAACAAGGUGUUCUCUCACUUAACUCGUCUUGCCGAACAUUCGAUGCAGAUGCAGACGGGUACGCUCGCGGGGAAGCUAUCAACAUGAUCUACAUCAAGCCGUUAAGUGCUGCUAUCAAGGACAAGAAUCCUGUUCGAGCCAUCAUCCGUGGUUCUGCUACGAACGCAGAUGGGAAGACGGCGGGAUUAAGCCUACCCAGUUCGUCAAGUCAGGAGGAGAUGAUUCGCAAGGCGUACCACGCUGCCGGGAUUCCAGAAUCUGACAUCAACCGGACUGCAUUCGUGGAAUGUCAUGGAACCUCUACCCCCACCGGCGACCCCAUCGAGGCAUUAGCAGUGGGAAAUGUGUUUGGGAAUAGUGGUGUGUACAUUGGGUCAGUUAAGCCAAACGUGGGUCAUUCAGAGGGUGCUUCAGGAAUUACAUCCAUCAUCAAAGCGGUUUUGGCUUUGGAGAACCGCAUCAUACCACCAAACAUCAAAUUCAAGACUCCAAAUCCGAAGAUUGCAUUCGUCGAAAAGGAUCUGAAGGUUCCAGUUGAUUGCGUCACAUGGCCUGAAGACAAACUCGAACGAAUCUCGGUCAACAGCUUUGGCAUAGGUGGUGCAAAUGCUCAUGUUAUCCUCGAAUCUGCCGCUGGAUAUGCCUCAUCCCAGGAAACUUUAUGCGGCAACUCUUCUCGAAAGGAGCAUUGCACCCACGCUGUAGAAAUCUCCCACAAAAAAUCUCCGGAUGUGACCAGCUUGGAGCGAGAGAUUUCGCCUCUUGACCCAGAUUCGACGGGAUCUCUUGAGUCGAGCAAAUUGAUCCUCAUCACAGCAAACACAUCAGAAUCGCUGCAAAAGCAGAUACAAAAUCUCCAAGUCUAUGGAUUAACCAAUAGUGAGAGUAUUGAUGACAUCUCUUACACGUUAGCUUGCCGGCGCGAGCACCUCGCGCAUCGCGCCUUUGCGGUUGUGCAAGACAUGUCCGUCCAUCCAUAUCCUGGUGUGUCUAUCGCUGGAAUUCCUCCGUCAAGACUGGCCAUGAUAUUCACCGGUCAAGGCGCACAAUGGCCACGUAUGGGUGUUGAACUCUUACGGUCCAACGCUGCCUUUGCCUUUUCGAUCGAAAAUAUGGACCGUGAGCUUAGCAAUCUACCAGUGCCGCCUUCCUGGAGCAUACGGGAGGAAUUGGCAAAAGGCAUCGACUCCAGUAAUCUGGACCAAGCUGCAAUUUCCCAGCCGUUGUGUACUGCUAUACAAGUAGCCCUUGUAGACGCACUCGCUGAUCUUGCAAUUAGACCCCAUUCUGUGCUUGGACAUUCUUCAGGCGAGAUAGCUGCAGCGUAUGCGGCUGGCAGAAUAUCCCGUCGAGCAGCCAUAAUCAUCGCAUAUUAUCGAGGGAUCGUAUCACAAGCCGUGACGCGAAGUGGCGCGAUGGCCGCAAUUGGCUUGAGCUGGGAUGAGGUGGCCGCACAUCUUCCACGGGGUGCUGUACUUGCAUGCAACAACUCGCCCGCGAACGUCACCAUCUCUGGGGAUAAGACAGCUGUACAAGAGGCAGUGGAAGCUAUUCAAAACCGCAAUCCCGAGGCUUUUGUGCGUAUGUUGAAAGUGAACAAGGCGUACCAUUCGCAUCAUAUGCUCGACAUUGGGGGCGAGUACCAGGAGAUAACGGCAUCCUUUCUGCAGGACGAAGUCCUUAAAUCUGGAACAUCCUUCGAAGUAGAUUUCUACUCCAGCGUUACAGGAGGACUGUUACCAGCUUCCGAGCACGUUGAUGCCCGAUACUUUCGUCGCAAUCUCGAGUCACCGGUACUUUUCUCACAGGCUUUCAAUGGUCUCUUGACUGAAAGCAAACACGCUAUAGACCGUACCUUUUGUCUUCUUGAGAUAGGUCCUCACAGCGCGCUCUCAGGACCACUCCGGCAGAUCCUAACCCAAAACUCACUCAACUGGCCAUACGCGUCGUGCCUUCAACGGGAAAAAGACUCGGACAAGACAUUUGUCUCAGCUCUGGGUACUCUCUGGCAGCACGGGCUGAAUUUUGACCUGCAUCGAUUAACGAACCCGUCCAACGCUGCCAAGGUCCUUAAAGACAUGCCGUUGUAUCCCUGGCAUCACGAUGGGCCACACUUGCUUCACAAUCGCAUUGUUCAGGCUUGGCGAUAUCCAAGAUUCCCGCAUCAUGAGCUUUUGGGGUCAUUGAUACUGGAGAACACGGAAGAUCAACCAAGCUUCAGAAAUGUACUCCAACUUGAACAAGUUCCUUGGUUACGAGACCACAAUAUCCAUGGUGACGUGGUACUACCAUGUGCGGCAUACGUCGCUAUGGCUGGUGAGGCCAAUCGGCGACUGCACCUAUCAGAUCAGAGCAACAAGUUCCUUGGAUUCUGUGUAAAGAACAUGGUAAUUGGCACUGCGAUGAUUCUAGAAGAGAACAGACCAGUCGAGAUCAUGACAUCAUUAAGAAGAUGGAGAAUCACGGAUAAUCUGGAGAGUAGUGGAUGGGAUUUCACAAUCUCAUCGUAUUCGGGGACUGAUUGGAUCAAACACUGCUCAGGCUCCAUCGAGGCCAUCACUUCUUCACCCCCUUCUCUACCAAUCACUGAGGACGUUCUUCCGCGUAAAACAGACGCUGCUAAAUGGUAUCAAGCCUUGUGGCAUGUUGGAGCCAGGUAUGGGCCUUUCUUCCAAGGAUUAAAGAACAUUGAGUGUACACCAAACGAGCAAGUUGCGAAGGCUAUCGCUUGCGAUAACACGCCGACUGAGUGUGAAUCGCAUUACUUGAUCCAUCCAACAACAGUCGAUAUUUUCUUCCAAACAACGGCAUUAGCUGCAUGCCAUGGGAAAGGACAUGCAAUGGAGAGAAUGAGUGUGCCCACAUUCAUCAAGCAGAUGGACAUCUAUAACUGUCCAGGCGAUCUCCAGGUGCAUACCUCGGCACAAUCCCUGGCACAUGGCAAGAUUCAUGCCCAGGGCUACGCUAUUGGCACCGAUGGGUCUCUUGCCAUGAGACUAGACAAGAUCAAAUUGACUCCACUGGAUGCAACAAGUGAAACUGAUCCUCAUGCUGGAGCUUUGAUGACCUGGGACUUGGAGCCUAGUUUCACGACCAUGUCAGCAUUAGUUGAGCAUGACACUGAGGCAGCAAAAAACGGAUCAAUUAUGCAGGAGUUCAUCUCCCUACACAUUCAGAAAGCACUAAAGCAAGUUCAAGACACGGAGCCUGCAUCCGAAACGAUGCGCAAGUAUGUCGCUUGGAUGAAGCGACAAUCGAUUCCCGAUACGUUGCGAUCGCUUGAGACUGUCACGUCCGAAGUUAAGGUUGGUUCAACUUCGUCGAUCGCGCACGCGAUAGAAAAGAUCACCAACAACAUCGUCAAGCUAGUGACGGAUGAGAUAUCACCAUUGGAGCUUCUUAUGGCCGAUGAUUCCUUGGCUAAGAUCUACGAAGACGCCAAGUCAACGAACCGAGCACCCUACAUCAAACUUCUUGGACACCAGAAACCGAAUAUGCGCAUUCUUGAGAUUGGAGCUGGAACAGGUGGUACGACUCGCGAAUUCCUUUCGGCUUUGGUGAAUACUUCGGACGGAGGUAAAUUGUGGUCCAGCUACACAUACACCGACAUCUCAGCAGGAUUCUUCAGUACUGCAAAUGAGAAAUUCAAGGAUUUUCCAUCACUUGAGUUCAAGGUUCUUGAUAUCACGAAAAACCCAAUCACGCAAGGGUUCCAGCGUCAUCAUUACGAUCUUAUCAUCGCUACCAACGUUAUACAUGCAGUCCCUAAUCUCCAGCAAGCUUUGCGUAACGUCCAUACUUUGCUGCAGCAAGAUGGAACAUUUUACCUUGAAGAGCUUUGCUGUGAUGUCAAAGGAAUAAACCUCACCAUGGGUAUUCUUCCUGGGUGGUGGUUGGGCAUGGACGAUGGGCGUGCUGAUGAGCCAUAUGUGCAGCCUGAGAGAUGGAAUCGUGAGCUUCGAGGGGCGGGUUUCGCAGGUGUAGUUGAUUACAUGUUGGAUGCACCUCGGCCACACCAGACCCACGCAUAUAUGAUAUCACACCCUAUGGUUGAAGAUGUCCUACCCAGACCUAUUACUCUGCUGUUCGAUGACAGCACAGAACAUGUGGCCAGGAGUCUGGACAUCGAAUUGUCUCAAAAUGGCGUGUUCGAAACUGUGCUCCAGCACUGGGACUCAGGGACAAAACUACCUAAACAAGACUUGAUAUGUUUGCUCGAUGUCAACGAGCCAUUCUUUGCGGGGAUUGAGGCUUCUCAAUUUGAUAAGUUACGCCAUAUGCUGGCCCAAGUUUCGGAGUCUAAGGAUGGCAUUCUCUGGCUUACUCGCAGCUCUCAGCUCAGCUGUGAACAUCCCCGGUGGGGUCAAACGCCCGGAGCUAUGCGCACCAUUCAAAAGGAAACAGAAACCGAUAUAGCAAUCUGCGAGAUUGAUCGGCCGAACAAUUCAAGUUGGAAGGCCGUGACAGAAAUUGCGCAAAGGUUUUCUCGCCGGCAUCUGUCGAGCCAAGAUUUAGAGCUGGAGUACUCAAUUGAGAAUGGCAAGGUAUACGUACCGCGAAUUUACCCCUUGAACGUCAAUUCGGAGCUGCGCAAGCCUUUGAUCUGCCCUUCCACUACAGAGAGUGUCGAACUAGAUCUAACACUCGGAGCGGCAGGCAGGCUUGAUACGCUUCAAUGGGCCACGCGUUCCCGCCAAAAGCCAGGCGAUAGCCAAGUCGUGGUUGAAAUCAUGGCCACUGGACUUAACUUCCGGGAUGUGCUGAUCGCUAUGGACCUCAUCGAAGUACCAUCUCAAGAGCUCGGAUUGGAAGCUGCAGGAGUAAUCCGGGCCGUUGGAGCAGGGGUUGAGGAUCUAAGAAUAGGUGACAGAGUUAUAGUCAUGGGUGGUACAAGUCUUUUCACGACAGAAGCGCUCGUACCCAGCAUCAGUUGUUGGACGUUCCCAAGUUCUCUGUCCUUCCAAGAAGCUGCGACUAUGCCUUGCGUACUUUUGACGGUCAUACAUGGACUGCUAGAAGUUGGUCAGAUGCGCAGUAGUCAAACCGUCCUCAUUCACUCCGCAUGUGGCGGAGUUGGUCUUGCCGCAAUUCAACUAUGUCGGAUGGUCGGGGCCACAAUAUACUGCACGGUCAGCACAGAAGAGAAGGCUAAGUUCCUGGAGAACGAGAUGGGCAUACCACAGCAUCAGAUCUUUGACUCGCGCAGUCGAUCUUUCGUAACUGAUGUCAUGCUUGCCACCAGUGGCGUUGGAGUCGACAUCGUGCUCAACUCACUUUCGGGUGAGCUUCUCCAUGCAUCUUGGGAAUGCGUAGCGGAAUUUGGAAAGAUGAUCGAAAUCGGGAAGCGAGAUCUGUUAGGGAAUGGGCGCUUGUCCUUGAACCCUUUCGUUGAAAACAGGAGCUUUCAUGGCGUCGAUCUUGCACAUCUUUGCGAGAUUCGACCAACAGAGCGACGAAGGCUUUUGAAAAGGAUGAUCGAACUUUAUGAGGAAGGGCAUGUUAAACCCAUCAUCCCCAUGAACAUCUUUCAAAUGGACGAGGCCGAGCAAUGCUUCCGAUACAUGCAACAGGGUCGGCAUAUCGGUAAAGUCGUCCUUUCUAUGGGAAAUACAGGCAAUCAGCCAACCGAUUCCCUGAGCUUGGUGACGACAUGUCCCAAGCGCAAGGCCACGUUCAAGUCAGAGGCCGCCUAUCUGCUCGCAGGUGGGCUCGGUGGUCUAGGUCGCAUUGUAGCUAAUUGGAUGAUCGAACACGGAGCACGACACCUUGUUUUCCUUUCUCGAGGUGCCGGGGACAAAGAAACAGACCAAGCUUUCUUUAGAGAACUCGAAAGCCAAGGAACCAAAGUCACGGCAGUCAAAGGGAGCGUCGCCAUCGCUAAAGAUGUAGAGAAGGCUAUUACAGCUGCGACUGCCCCUGUGUGUGGGGUAAUGAACCUUUGCAUGGAGUUACAAGAUAUGGGGUUCUACCAGAUGACACAUGCCGCGUGGAGCGCAGCAAAUGAUUCAAAACUCAACGGGACAUGGAAUUUGCACAACGUGUGUAUCUCCAGAGGCAUAACUCUCGAUUUCUUUCUUCUCUUUAGCUCGAUCUCGGGUCUCUUUGGUAAUCUUGGACAAGCCAAUUACGCGGCAGGAAACACUUUUCUCGAUGCUUUCGUACAGUAUCGGAAUACUCUCGGUCUGAACGCUUCUGCCAUCGAUAUUGGUCUGAUGUACGACCACGGAUAUAUCGCAGAGAAUCCAUUGGUGCUAGAGCGCACACGACUACAAGGAGGUUUUGGAAUCCGCGUACCACAACUACUGGAUGCUAUCACGCUCAUUUUGAGUACUCCUGCGGCUAAGUUGAUAGACGGAACGUCACGAACGUGUAGGUCCUCAAUCAGUAUUGGCGUCAGGAGCCAAACGUCGUUGAAAGAUCCUUCCAACCGCGUACUGUGGAAAAACGACCGGCGGAUGGCAUAUUACAACAACCUCGACUCAUCUUCUCAGCCUUCUUCUGCCUUGGGCUCUGGCGAGGAUCCUCCUACCCGCGCAAUCAAAGAAUUCAUCAACCAGGUCCUCGCUGAGCCAACGAUUCUAACACAACCCGAUACCCCUGUCUUUCUAGCACGACAAAUUGCGAAGAAGAUUGCGAUCAUGCUUCUUCGGCCGCUUGAAAACAAGGACGAUAGUGAGAUUAACAUCUCUUGCUCACUACAGGACGCUGGUUUGGACAGUCUAGUUUCUAUAGAGAUGCGAAGCUGGUGGAGGAUAACCUUUGGCUCUGAGAUUACCAUUCUGCAGAUGCUCGGAGUCAAGAACGUAAUGGCACUUGGCGAACGAGCGACUGAGGGGUUGAAAACUAAGUACACAGAAAUCGAGACAAAGCUCCCCUCAAGAGCAGGUGUUUGA